AUGAAUUCCGUCAGGGAAAUAUUGAGAUCCUAUGACUUGGAAGACGUUUACAACUUCGACGAAACAGGUUAUUACUACCGCAUGCAACCAGAUAGACGUCUCAGCACUGAAGUAUUGGAGGGGGUCAAAAAAGAUAAAUCAAGAAUUACUGUAGGGUUCACCUGCAAUGGUACCGGAUCCCAUAAGAUGAAAAUGUGGGUGAUUGGUACAGCGGAGAACCCACAUUGCUUCAGAGGACUUGCACGUACUGCUGAAGGACUUGGUGUCUUCUAUCGUUACAACAAGACUGCUUGGAUGAAACAUGAAAUUAUGAUGGAGUAUCUAUUAUGGUUUGACAGUUGCAUGAACGGUAGAAGAGUGGUUUUACUUAUGGAUAACUUUUCGGCACAUGAACUCGCUGUUAAACAAUUAGGGGAACAUGCACUUCGCAAUACAACAAUUGUAUGGCUUCCAGCAAAUACUACUUCGGUCUGGCAACCCUUGGACCAAGGUAUCAUCAACUCAUGGAAAGCACAUACCAGGCGUUACUAUGUACGCUAUCUUGUCAAAGAGAUUGACAAACUACCAGGAGGCCCAGUAUCAUCUGAUGAGCUGCCAAAAGUCAAUAUUCUACAGGCUAUUCGGUGGGCUAUUGAGGCAUGGAAUUUUGACGUCAAAGCAUCGACCAUCUUUAACUGCUUCACAAAAAGUACUGUCAAGUUCUUUGAACCUUCCUUUCUUUCUCCCGAGAAUUUGGAAUCAAUCAAAAUUGCCAAUCCUGGCCGAAUCCUUACAGAGUUCAUACAACUUGAAGAAGAGGAAAUUGAGAACGAACAGCCACCUGUUCCUUCAUUCCGUACUCAAAGUUUGGAUAUAGAUGAAGAUCCAUCAGUAAAUGAAGAAAUGCAACACUUGCGGAACGAGGUACAGACAAAUCUUGAAAUCCUACAACAAGCAAAUCUCAUCGAGGAAGGUGAAAUCAAUCUAAAUCAUUUUCUAAAUCCAUCCGAAGAGAUUUUUGAUGAUAGCAUAGAGGACUUAGAGUUAUAUGUUCUUGAAUUUCACGGUUCAAUCAAUAAGCAUAAUUCAAACAAUUCAACAAAACUUACAACGACAGUCAAUCCUGAACCCGAAAUGAGUCCUGAUACAGGAAAUACUAGCAAUCAAUUGCAAUUCACCAACUCUUGUAUCAAUCACUUCGAAGCAAUUGAAUCACUCGAGCACUUGGAGCAAUUCUAUACCAAGAAUGGCGACCCAUACCAUGACAAGCAAAAUGGCAAUAACCCAACUCUCACAUAUCUAAGAAAACUUAAGCGCAGUACUGAGAAUAUGCGGUUACAAUCAAUGGGGGCGCAGGAGCAGAAGAAAAUCUCGAAUUUUUUCAAAGCUUAA